ACAAUCUCUCUUCCUUUCCCUCUCUCAUAUUCUUGCAUGAGAAGCUAACUAAACGGCGCUCUGUUCACCUGUUCCAACUCUCAAAGAGAAACCCAAAAACAAAAAAAAAAAAAAAAACAGUCUCUCUCUCUGAGUUUCAGUACCCACCACCACAAGCAGCCAUGCCGGCUGUUGCGCCUCUUACUAGCUCCCCCCGCCUCCUCGUCAACCCUUCUCCACAUACGAAUCUGCUACCUCCCGCUGGUAUCGCCGCCGCCGCCUGUGGUUUUUGGUAUAAGGAUGCAAUUCUACAAAAGUUUUCCAAGAGCUUCACAACACAUAAUCCUUUGGCUAGACGCACAUUUGUUGCAUGCAGUUCUAAAGGAAAUUCAUUACCACACCUUUCUGCUACAUCAUCCCAAUUUUCAAGUGGGAAUAAAGGUGGCCUGUUGCAUAGAAUUCCUUUAUUACCCAGACCACGCAAAUCUAUAAUGCCUCUACAAGCAUCCAAGGAUAAUCCAUUUGGUUAUCACAUCCCAAAAAUGACUGAGAAGCCAGAAUGGUGGUGGAGAAUUUUUGCAUGUAUCCCCUAUCUUUUGGCUUUGCAAAUGUCUGAGACAGCAUCUUAUGUCCAACCCUUACUUGACCGACAUGAAUUCCUUGAGGAUUUGUUGUAUUAUAUCCCAGGAGCUGUUAGGAGGUUGCCUUGGUGGUUCCAUAUACUACAUUUCUACUUAGCAUACUUUGGAGUGGUGCAGAAUAAAAAAUGGCCCCAUUAUCUAAGAUUCCAUGUGGCAAUGGGCUUUUUAUUGGAACAGGCCCUACAAGUGGUAGUUCUAUCAAGCAAUUUCAUGCCACUUAUACACUUCCAAGGUACAUGUGGGUUGUACUAUUGGGCAGCUGUGGGAUUCCUAUAUAUUUUCAUCAUGUUGGAGUGUGUAAGGUGUGCUCUUGCUGGUAAGUAUGUUAAAAUCCCUUUGAUCAGUGAUAGUGCAUUUAUCCAUAGUCUCUUUAAAAUAGGUGGAUACCAGCGGCCUUUCUAGGAAGUGUUGUAUAGGUCCCAUAAAAUUUAGGAGCUUGGGAUUUGGGGUAUGCCCAACAUGGAGCCCAAUGUUGCCUGAAAGAGGAGGAAAAGAAAAGAGAGAAAAGAUGUCGCAGCACUGGUGUUGAAAUUUGUCUUUCUCUUUUCAUGAUGGUUAGUUCUUGAGUUUAAAAUUUUGAUGAACAAUAAAUUGAUGGUUUAUGAUGGUACAAUGUAUAAAUGUCUUGCAACUAUGAGAACUUCUAAAUUUGUGAUUAAUGAGAAUGGAUUACCAAUCAAAAAAUGAACUUUGUAAGCUUAA